GGCGGCGGCAGCGGGGGCGCGUUCCUGCGGGGCGCGCGGCCAUGGGCGAGGGGUGGCUGGCGGCGGAGUGCGGCCCGCAGGGCAACCGCUCGUCGGGGCGGCAGGAGGCCGGCGGCGGGGCCGUGUCGCAGCAGUGGGCGGUGGGCAUGAGCCUGCUGAUGGCGCUGCUGGUGCUGCUGACGGUGGCGGGCAACGUGCUGGUGAUGGCGGCCAUCGGGCGCACGCAGCGGCUGCAGACGCUGACCAACCUGUUCGUCACGUCGCUGGCCUGCGCCGACCUGGUGAUGGGGCUGCUGGUGGUGCCCUUCGGGGCCACGCUGGUGGUGCGCGGCUCGUGGCUCUGGGGGUCGUUCCUGUGCGAGUGCUGGACCUCGCUGGACGUGCUGUGCGUGACGGCCAGCAUCGAGACGCUGUGCGUCAUCGCCAUCGACCGCUACCUGGCCGUCACCUCGCCGUUCCGCUACCAGAGCCUGAUGACCAGGGCGAGGGCCAAGGGCAUCAUCUGCACCGUCUGGGCCAUCUCCGCCUUGGUCUCCUUCCUGCCCAUCAUGAUGCACUGGUGGCGGGACGAGGACCCCCGGGCGCUGGAGUGCUACCAGGACCCGGGCUGCUGCGACUUCGUCACCAACAGGGCGUACGCCAUCGCCUCGUCCGUCGUCUCCUUCUACAUCCCCCUCCUCGUCAUGAUCUUCGUGUACCUGCGCGUGUACAGGGAGGCCAAGGAGCAGAUCCGCAAGAUCGACCGCUGCGAGGGACGCUUCUACGGUGGCCAGGAGCAGCCGCCGGCGACCCCGCUCCCCCACCACCAGCCCGUCCUGGGCAACGGGCGGGCCAGCAAGCGGAAGACAUCCCGCAUCAUGGCCAUGAAGGAGCAGAAAGCCCUCAAGACUCUGGGCAUCAUCAUGGGAGUGUUCACCCUCUGCUGGCUCCCUUUCUUCCUGGUGAACAUCGUCAACGCCUUCGACAGGGACCUGGUGCCGGACUGGCUCUUCGUCUUCUUCAACUGGCUGGGCUACGCCAACUCCGCGUUCAACCCCAUCAUCUACUGCCGCAGCCCAGACUUUCGCAAGGCCUUCAAGAGGCUGCUCUGCUGCCCCCGCAAAGCGGACCGGCGGCUGCACGCCAGCGGCGGCCAGCUGGCCCCGCUCCCCGGGGGCUUCAUCAGCACCCUGGGCUCCCCCGAGCACAGCCAGGGGGGCACCUGGACCGACUGCAACGGGGGCACGCGGGGCGGCAGCGAGUCCAGCCUGGAGGAGAGAAAUAGCAAAACGUCCCGCUCGGAGUCCAAGAUGGACAGGGGAAAGAAAAAAAUCCUGGCAGCAACAAAAAUCUACUGCACAAUUUUGGAAAAUGGCAACAAAGCUGUUUUUUGCACAGUAUUAAGAAUUGUAAAGUUUUUUGAAGAUGUUCCUUGCACACACAUACACACAUGCAAAUUGAAAAUGAAACGGAGGUUUAAAUAACACCAAACCUGAAACUGAUUUCUGUUUUGGUCUGAUCUGUUAUAGUUUCAUCGAGAGAGUGAUUUUUUAUAUUAUUUUAUGAAGGUACUGUACAUAGAUCCGUAUUAUAAAUUAAGAUAUCUUAAGGGACUUCUAUUAUUUUUAUUUCCAAGUGCCCACGUGAACCUGCUGUUAUUUUAGCACUUGUGUGACAUUUCCAUUUUCCUCUGUGUGUGUGUUUUAUAACCUAUUUAUACUCUGGUGCAAUUUACUACUGUGUAAGUAAUUGGUGUAUGUGCAAUAAAUACCAUUGCAGCACAA